AUGGACACAAUCAAGUCAUUCAAGGGCUAUGGCAAAGUCGAUCCACAGGAAGAACUUGCAUUCAAAAGGAAAACCCGUAAGCGUCUAAUUAUUCUCAGCAUUUCAUUAAUAGUUUUGGUGGUUUUGAUUAUUGGAGCAGUAGUUGGAACCCUUGUUCAUAACAAGAACAAAAAUGGUUCCAAUGAGGUGCCUUCAACUCCAACUUCCUCAGCAGCUGCAAUCAAAGCUGUUUGCAGUGUGACCCAGCAUCAAGAAUCGUGUUUCACGAGCUUGUCGUCAAUGGACUCCUCAAAUUCCACUGACCCAGAAAAGAUUUUUCAGUUUUCUUUAAAAGUGGUUAUGGAUUCUCUUGAGAAUUUGUCUACAUUCCCAGAGGAAUGGAUGAAUAGAACCAAUGAUCCACGGGUUAGAGAGGCGCUGCAAGUCUGUAAAGUCGUGUUGGAUGAAGCUGUAGAUUAUCUUAACGAUUCUAUUUCCACCAUGAAUGUGGAUAAGGGAGGGAAGUUGAUUUCAGUACCCAAGAUCGCGGAUCUAAAAACAUGGCUAAGCACGAUUAUUACAGAUCAAGAAACGUGCUUAGAUGCUCUCGAUGAAGUGAACGCGACUAUAGUUGAAGAUGUGAAGCUGCUGAUGAAGAAUUCAACUGAAUACGCCAGCAAUAGCUUGGCCAUUGUGUCGAAACUGCUCGGAAUUCUUGGAGAUUUUGGUAUUCCUAUCCAUAGAAAGCUUUUGGGGACUAUGGAUUCUGGGUUUCCCAGAUGGGUUUCGGCAGGUGACCGACGGCUCCUCCAGGCGGCGAUGCCGAAACCAGAUGUGACGGUGGCGAAGGACGGCGGCGAUGUGAAGACUAUAAAAGAGGCGGUGGCAAAGAUUCCAAAGAAGAGCAAAAAAAGAUUUGUUAUAUAUAUUAAGGCUGGUGAGUAUGUAGAGAAUGUGAUUUUGGAUAAAUCUUUGUGGAAUGUGAUGAUCUACGGCGAUGGAAAGACGGCCACCAUUAUUUCCGGCAGCUUGAAUUUUAUCGAUGGUACUCCAACUUUCUCCACAGCCACAUUUGCUGCUGCGGGCAAAGGAUUCAUCGCAAGAGAUAUCGGGUUCAAAAACACGGCGGGAGCAACAAAGCAUCAGGCAGUUGCCCUAAGGUCCGGUUCUGAUAUGUCUGUGUUCUACCGAUGCUCAUUCGACGGUUUCCAAGACACCCUCUAUGCACACUCGAACCGGCAAUUUUACCGCGAGUGUGAUAUCACCGGGCAAGAAGGACCCUAA